UCCAAAGCAGCUGCAAUUUUGUUUUUUAUACAUAAAUUGCUACACUGUGUUUUUUCUGACAAGCUGCCUCAGAGGGGUCCUUUUCGGUGUUGACGUUACCAGCGCCAGCUGUCAGUUGAAGCUAGCUUAAGUGCUAUCUUUUCCAUCGCGUGAUUUUAAUAUUUUUCGAAAACAUUUGAUGAAUUUAUACAUUUCCCAGUCUCUGUUGUUAUAAUCGCCAGCAUUAGAUUUAAACAAAGCUCGAACGAAAAGAUGUGCAUGUAUUUUAAUCGCAUUUUCUACUGUGAUUUUGUUGAGCUGUGCGCGGAACUGCGGUAGCUGUAGCUUGUUGUUAGCUUGUUGUUAGCUGCGGACAGAUCUGCUGCAGGCAGCUCCUCUUGUUUGGAAGUCAUUGUUCACGAGAGGAAAAGUUGUAUCGUAAAGGACUGGAAAGAUCAUGCAGCUUUAUUAUGGAGCUAAUCAUGUAUUGCGAAUAUCUGCUGUUAUAAAUUAUUCUCUCAGUGCAUUAUGAAUGAAACAGUAACGCUCGGUUAGUAACAAAGUAUCUCAAGUUAAAGUAAUCCGAAUGCAUUUUGCAUUAAAUUACUUUAUCUGUUCUAUUGUACAAAGUGUAUUUACCAAGUACGUGGUAUAAUAAGUGAUCAUUGUCAACGAGGCUUGCGUUUGUUUAAGUCAACAAACAUGGAUAAAAAGUCAUUUGACAUCGUCUUGGACGAGAUAAGGAAGUGCGUCCUGACCGAUCAGCGCAUCAAAGCCAUAGAGCAGGUGCAUGGGUAUUUCUCCAGUGAGCAGGUGAUGGAGAUACUGAAGUACUUCUCAUGGGCAGAACCUCAGGUCAAAGCAGUUAAAGCUCUGCAGCAUAAAAUGGUUGCAAUCCCUACAACCAAAGUUGCAAAUAUCCUGAACUGCUUCACAUUCUCAAAGGACAGACUGAUUGUUCUGGAACUGAUAGCUUUGAACAUUUCAGAUGCUCAAAAUUACCGUCCUGUGGAGGAUCUGUUUCGCAUACACUUGUCUGAGAAGAAACGAGCUCGUAGGAUACUGGAGCAAGUGUGUAAGGUUGGCUGCAAGGCUCCUGUGGCCAUGAUCUCCUCUUGUGGUAUGAUACCAGGGAAUCCAUACCCUAAAGGCAGACCCAGCCUGGUCACUGGUACAUUCCCUGGAAACCCUCCGGCAAAAAAAGAAGGAGAGAAGAAAGAUGACAUCUCUAACAGUAUGGAGGGGAAAGGAAUUGCUUCGCGGAUUAUUGGCCCAUUCAAACCUUUUCCUUCAACCUACAACCCCCAUCGGCCUGUGCCCUACCCUAUACCACCAUGUCGACCCCAUGCUACCAUCGCACCAAGUGCAUACAACAACGCAGGCCUUGUUUCUGUGGGAGGGGUUAUAACAGCCAGCGUGCCCCCUCCCCCCUACAACUCCACCCACAAAGUAGCAGGUUAUGCCAAACCAGGCAAUCCGCAGAACACCACACCUGGAGUCAACAGCGGGCCCCUCCUCAUUCCUCACGGCUCCACACCUUCUACUCCUGUCCCACCCCAGGCUUCUCCUGCUCAGCCACCUCCCACAACUCCCAUCACACCGGUUUUCCCCGGCAUGGUGCCCUCUCACAACCCAAAUGCCCCCUCUCCCUCCCCUGCCCCGUCCCCGUCCGUCAUCAAAGCAGGACCGCAGACCCCCAGUGGUCAUGCUACACCUACACCCUCAUCUGUCAUUAAAGCCCACACCCCUUCAGGCACCCCUUGUGGGACUCCUGUCCCUGGUAGUGGCGGCUUUUCCUCUCCCCCCUUCCCUACCCUUUCCCGACCAGGCACCCCCGCUACCUCCCGCGGCGGCCCAGACCCCCUGUCUCAGACGAACUCCAUGGGCACAACUCAGCAGAAGGUUUUUUCUCAGUCCACAGACCACCAGUCAGGACCAGCCUUCCCUGGCUUACACCCGCAAGCAGGUAACCCCUCUGGGUCAGUGAUUCGAAGUUACACCCCAUCUGGACCGCAGUCUCUCACUCCUGGAUCAUCCACUCCAGUAAUUCCGAACUCUUCCACCCCAGGCCCCAGUCCCAAACCCUCUCCAGCUCACUCUGCACAGGGUCAGGCUACCAUUGCUAUGGCUGGGGCCCUGAGCAGACACACCGGGGGUAGCGGCAGUGGCAGUAACAGCCCGGUGCCCUCUGCUUUCAAGGGCACCUCUCGAUCUGGCACACCGUCUGUGAGCUCUCUGGUGGUCCAGGGUCCUGCGCAGGCUGCCCUGGCACGUUCUUUGGGACUGUCACACCCCUCAGGUUCCCCUCAAGUCUCUCUCCCCAGUCCUGUUGCUAUCACAGGCCUCCAAGCUCUGUCCUCCAGCCCAGCUCCCUCUCAUUAUCCCGGCUUGUCCCCUUUCCCCUCCCUUUCUUCCUCUCUUCCUCCUUCCUCCAUCCCUUCAUCCAUGCCUGCAAUACAGCCCACAACCAACAUGUCUAACCACCCACCAACUUCCAUCUACCCAGGCUUGGCUACCAACGCUGCCCCCAGUGCAGCCUCCCCUUUUGGCCUAGGCCUCACCUCUGCUCCUUCUAUAUUCCCAGGCCUUCCGCCUGGUCCUAGCCCCGCUGCCUUCCCAGGACUGGGUGUGUCAGGGGGGCACGGCGCUGGGAGCCCUGUAUUGUCUUCAUUCAUGGGACUGCCAGGUGCCACUCCAUCUUCAGUCGCAUCUGUGGCGCCACUGCAGGCAGCGGCAGCGGCGGCAGCCGCAGCUGCUGGGGUUCCAUCAUCAUCGCCGGUUUUGCCAGGCUUUGCAUCAGCGUUCAGCUCCAAUUUCCAGCCUGGGUUGAGCAGUGGACUCCAGCCUCCAGGAAGCAGCGGGUUCCCCAGCUUGCUGUCCUUUACCGGGGUUCCAGGCUUCUCUCCCUCUGCCUCCCCUGCUACCCUUGGUGGCCUCCAUAACCCAACCAUGCAGUCUGCCCUGCUGCAGGCUCAUCCCACAUCUGCUUUGGAGAGCUUUCCUCCUCAGCCCAACAGCUUCACCAACUACCCUCCAGGCCCAGGAAACCCCUUCCCCCUCCAGCCAGGCCUGCACCCUCAGUUGGGUUGGCAGUGAAAUCAACAGCUCACUUUGAAACAUUAGCCCCUUUUAACCAGAGAUACCAUUCCAUUGCCGUCAUUACGCCGGCUUUGCUUGUUUUACACUGAACCAACAGAGUCGGUAUAAUGUGUGAUUUUAGAUAGCAUGCCAGCGUUAGGGGAUCACAGGCGUGACAAUGACUGGGCUGUGUGACUACCUCCCGUCUUGACCGGGCUGUAUAAAAGGGGCUACUGAGUAAACUCACAUGCUUUCCCCUUAUCGUACACCCUACCCUGUUUUAUGUUUUGGCCUUGAACCCUGCAGAACACAAGACAACAGAUAGUGUUUCAAUACUGUGUUUGUUACAGCCUGAAUGGCUUAAUACGACGAGGAACACUACCAUGAGAACAGCUGAAAUAUUGUGUGUGUGUGUGUGUGGGGGGGGGGGGGGGUAUAUUUGUUUUAUUAUUCAUAGUGAACAGUUGUAAAUAUUAGUUGUUUUAGGUUUUACACGUAGACUGUGACUUGUUUUAAUGUUAGCUGGACUUGGCUGUUUUUAAUGAAGAUUAUCAACAUUUAUUAGUGAAUAAUGAAUUAUAGAAAAAUUGAAAAAUGUACAUGAUAUCAUGUAAUGACAUGAAAGUAUCUUUAUGUAGUAUUUCAUGUCCACUCUCAGUAGAAAGAACAUGCUUAUGAUUCUGAUCAAGUACCCUGAAUUGAAUAUUGUAUGAUGGCAUUGAUGUUUUUGCCCUUCUAUGGAAUAUUAAGUCACAUUUUGACAUGAGCAAACCAUGAAUAUUUCAAAUCCCUGCUCUGUGUCAAGGAUGGGAGUAUUGUAUACAAAACAUGCGUUUGGCAGCUCCACUCAUGUUGGUUGUGGCUGUCAGCAGUUUACUGUGAUUCACAUUUAGUAUGUUUACAAAGUUCUUUUGACAGAUGUGACAGUACUGGUACUGUUUUUACAGUAUUUGAGCAGACACUGUAUGCAGAUAUUUCUCAGAACAUCUUAAAGCAUUUGCUGAUCGAUAUGUGAACUUGAGAUGUAUAACGACUGUAUCCUUCAGUAGUACUUUGCAAACAUGGUGCAAACUGUACAUUUUCUUCAUUUACUGUAUGCCUCAAUUAGUACUCUAAUCUAUGGGGGUUCACUCAGACAGUUACCUUAUUGUUUGAAAGUAAUAGAUAUUUUGUUUGUUACAUUGUCUUGUUUUUGUUUGUUUUGCCUUUUUGUUUUGUAUUUGCACCUGUUUUAUUAUUUUGUCAGUAAACUGCUGGUUGCUGGA